AUGCACCUGGGUUACUAUCGUAGAUUUAUAGGUGGGAUCACGAGAACACAGUUAGAAACUGCUAAGUUUGGUUUUUACCUUUUGACACCUAUCUGUGUUAUGUACUACGUCGGUUUGGAUACAGAUAACAAAUUCAACUUGCCAGGUUUCUGGCCUGAUCCUUCGACGUUGAAUCAAAUCCCGAAGGAACCUCACGAAAUCCAAGCAGAGAUAGCCAGAAUCAGAAGAGCCAGAGCUGAAAAGAGACAAAGAUUGGAAGAAAAGGCUAGAUUGUUGGGAAUAGAUGAAGACACCGAAGAGGUGUCGCAGUCUUAA